ACGGAAAAUUGACCAUAUUAUCCAUUAAAAUUGCAUCGCUCUAUUGUGCUGUUAUUGGUACCAACUACUACUGAAAAUAUCAACGAGAUGUUUGUUUAUAUUUAAAGACAUAUUAAAGGUUUUAAAGCUUGUUUUCGACACGCACUACUAUUCAUGAUUGAACAAUACUUUUGCCAAUUACUGUACCAAAAAGUAUCUUUAAUGUACAAGAGUCGAGAGUAUAAUGUGCUUUUUUAUCCCUACCUCCGAUUUUGCAAGUGCGCAUCUAAGACAUUGGAAGGGGCACAUCGCUAGAGAAAGUAAACGAAGUAUAAGUAAAUUGUUCCCAAAAUUGUAUCAGUGACAGUAGAUUGAUUGUCCUUUAUCGUUACACUUCCUGUGUUAAAUUCUAUUUUUACUUUUGCCGGGUAAACCAUUUACUAAUCGCGCAUUUUCCUUUCUCAAUUAGAAACCUAACAAAUGCCUUAGAUCCUAUAACCGGUUUAAUAAGCAUGAAAAUACAUAUUAGUCCUAUAAUACCUACCUGCAUAAAUUAAAGUGACAAAUAGUUACCGGUCCUAAUUAAUCUGAAGAAAUAUUCUAAUUAUUUAUUACUAUUAUCGCACUUGAGCAAAGGGCUGGGAAAACGCCCAAAUAUUCCCCUUAACAGCGCAUUAUUUUCAGGUGCAUGAAGAGGAGAUCGACGUAUGCAGACGAUGACGACAGUAACAGAGCAGUUUUAUAAAAUUAUCCAAAAACCCAAAGUGACUUUUCGGGAAAUUAGAUUUAAAUGUGUAAAGUGAAAAUGGUGAACUUAUCCGACAACAACGAAUAUUAGAAUUCAAAAAAAUUAUUACGUAAAUGCCAUUCCUCCGAUUGUAAUUGUAACCAUGGAAAAUAUCACUGACGCCAUGGCCCCCAUAUCCGCCGAUCAGAAUUGCGAUGGUAACAUGGACUAUAUUAUAAGUGAUUAUAUGGAAAGGCUUAGCACCCGCCUUGGAAUUUUGGAAACGGAACUAAAAUACGCGUGGAGGGCUUUAGACCUCUUGUCUCAGGAAUAUAUAAAAAUGUGGGAACGGUUGGAAAAACUGGAAGGGCUACUGUACGACCAGCAGUCAGUUAUCUCUCAACUUCUUGGCUUUUACACUAGAGGAGCUGAUAUCCUUCAAGAAAUGGGUGGAGACGUGGGACUCAAACUGGAUAGUAGAAUGGGUCAGCUGGAAGUUAUUCGGGAAAUAUUAGGCAACGGUACCGUCGAAGAUGGCUUAGAAGAAGGCGUGGACGUUGCAAAACCUUCAAACCAUUCCAAUUCGAAAAUAAGCGAAGGAAUUGAUUUUUCAUCGGAAUUGGCCGAUACCCGCGACCCAGACGAAGCUUUCUACAGGAGUUUAAACCAGGCCUACAGGGAAGACUUAAUAGGAUGCGAGCAGAUGAGACCGUCACCGCAUUUGGGAAUGAUUUGGGAAGAGGAGACAGAAGAAGUCAACGACAUAGAUAAAACACGAGAAGAAAUAAAACGAUUGGAAGAUGCCGCACGUUACGAAGAAACUCAAGAAGUGUUUAGUGCUAUUGAUUAUAAAGACUACCGCGGCAAUUCUCCCUGCGUUAGCGAGCAAGAUUUAGCUCAGCUUAGUUCAAUUGAUCACAUUACAAUGGAAAAAUUAAGCGAAUUGGAUAGGUUAAGUAGUAAAAUAAAAGAAGACUCGUUCAAUAUCCAACAACUCCAAAAUCAGUUGCUCGAAGCGGAGGCAAAAGACGAAUGCGGUAAACCUGACGAUCACAUGCAAAAAUUCCUAAACGAUUCAGAGAUGUGGAAGUUCAUGUCAUCCCCAUCCCUUUCAAAUAGACCCAGUUCCAGGAUCUCGUUACCAGAGAGUAUUGUGGGAACCGACAACGAAGUGGCCGAAACACUGUCAGGGGGCAUAAAAACACCAACUUCGCCAAGACGAAGGCAUCAGGUGGUCUCGUGUAGCGAACCUUAUACCACUGUAACGGGCCGGCUCGCCUAUACAACGGCAGUUCAAAAUGCCGAGGCGGCUGAGUUCUUGCAGAAAACAUCGGCAUCAAAGAACCCAUUUUAUAAUAGCAUCCUAGAAAUGAACCGGUUAAACGAAACCUCGUUUCCAUCCUCAUACGCGAGUAAAGAAAAUUUUAUAACGAGAGCAGAAAAGCCACUGUCGCCUACAUUGUCAAUUUGUAGCGUUAGAACACGCCAAGACGGAUACAUAGACUCUCCCACAGGCGCAGAACAGGUACAGAAAAAUUCCAAGACACCCUCGAACACUCCUCCCCCGCCACCAGCUCCAGUAGACGCUUUGGAAAGUCUCGUAGUGUCCAAAGAUAGUUUUAUUAUUACCAGCGAUUUAACGGGAAGUAUAUUCCUAAGUACUAGUGCAGCGACGUCAACGACUUUAGCCAAUCACGACAUCGACCGUCUCAGUCCAAGAACACCACAUUCACCGAAAUCGCCACGGACUUCCCCGAAACGGAGCAAAGCGAAUAUAAUGGCUGCCAAGUCGGAUUCCGGUUUGUCUUCGAUGAGCGGCUGGUCAAGUUUGGAAAAAUCGCCUCAAGGAUCGCCAAAAAGCGCCGUCAAUAGUAAAACGUGUUCGCUAAAUUAUUUCCUGGAAAUGAGCCUUAGCAGGCACCAAAAGUCCGCAUCGCCCGUGUGUCAAGAGGCUUUCGUCUCGUCAGCUCCGAUCAACAAUGACAUCGAAAACAAUUCAAUGUACGCUAACGACGCCCUAGACAAUAGCGCCGUCCUACCCGGCGGGCACAGACUGUCUGCCUUCACAACCGUCAAAUCUCCUUGUUCUUUAGAAUCGUCCGGGAACUUCGUACCGGCACCUGCUCCAGCAUCCGACAUUAACGUCAGUCCCAGAUCCAAGACGAAAUUCCGUCACAUGAAGGCCAACUCGUUCUCGUAUUCUACAGCCGACAGCUCUGUUAUUUAUUCCAUUGCCGCAACAAACAAAGAUGAGGCGUUUCGUUCUGUAUAUACGAUGGGUCACUUCGACAAUACUCUGAGUGCUAAUUACCCUGACGUCGUGGAACCGUUCGGUGAUGGUGAAACGUACAACAGCAAAAAAUAUAACCAAUCGCAACCGGUUCGAAAUCACGAAAAAAGGAAAAAAAUUAAUAAGGACUUCUCUUUUGAAACAAACCCCAGCUACGAAUCACAAGAAAGUUACAAACAGUACGGGCACAGGUCGGGAUAUCCUACGGGAAAUAUUACCGACGCCCUUUCUUAUUACCCGACGGCGGCAAGGUACGAAGUAAUACCGCAACAGAGGAAACGCUCCCAGUCAACUGGAAAUUAUCCUGAAGAAAAUAUUACUUCGCAAAAUAGGGAAAAUGUAGGACAACGUCCGCCUGAAAACACCAACGGAUACAUGGCCUAUCCGGACAAGAGGCUGUCGUAUCAGUACUACAGAACCAACGAAACGCACCAUUUUCAGCAACCCGCCGACUUCAAUAACGCGUCGGGAAAUCAAAGGCCGGACAUUCCGUAUUUAGAACUAGACUUAAAAAAUAAGAACGUACCUGAAUAUAUAACGCAACCAUCCACGAAACCGUACGAAACCGACAAUUUGCUAAUGACCAGAACCGGUUACAUAACAAUUACACAGGAAUUCAAUCGGAACCAGAAAUCUCCGAAAAAAUUGAGACGAGGCAAGACGUUAAAAUCCGCCAUGAACUCUGUCAGCAACUGGUUUCCAGAUUUACAUCUGACAAAAAGGCAUCGAUCUUACUCGCUCCCAUCAGGGGCAAAAAAUUCAAAAGCCGGCGAAGAUCAAAACAAAAACAUAGCCCAAGCGUUACCCAAGAAAAAAAAGAAGAACAUUCUCGUGUCUACAGUGUCAGGUUUAAUGCACAGAGGACGAAAGAAGGACCCACAGGGACAAUCCUUAUCCGAUCCUGAACAAUCGGAGAACGAGUGGAGUUUGACGAUGGAGAGCUCAGCAGCUUCCGAAGAAGACGACAGCUUCAGCUUACUCUCAGAGAGCCACGCUGAAAAAGAUGACGUGUUCGCCCUUAUACCCCAAAGAACGCCCAACGAAGUAAUCAAUACAAGAGAAGAAGAAGAAGAGAUCGCACAAAUUAAUUCUCAUUCCGUCAAUAUUCAAGAUUUAGACACAAAUUCCGUCAAUCAAAACAGUGAAGACGACGAAUUGCUUGUCGAAACCGCUGCACUCAUGUUUGCAACGAUCGGAGACGUCAAACGUAGUUCAGCAUCAUCGGAAACACAAGAUGAAGGCCCGAAUACUGAAACCAAGCAACUACCUCAAGUCACCCUUGCAUCCAUGGAAUUCGCAGUUUCAAGAGCUCUAGGUAAAUAUAGACAAAGACAAACCUCGACAUAUUCAGACGAUCAAAUCUCUGACGAAAUAAAAAUCGAAGAAAUAUUCGACGAGCCCGACAUCGAACAAGAAGCAGUAACAGAACCCAAAGCUUCGAAACCUCCUAACAUACCGCAACUACCGCCAUCAUCAUUACCCGAAGAAGAAAGUGUGACAGAGGAGAUACAAUCAUCUACCAAUUUUCGAAGCAACAGAUGGACUAAUAAACAACAGCAAAGUUUAGAAAUACCAAAUUUUCGUAGCGAAGACGAAGACAACAGGAGCACUCACUCCUGGAGAAGUGGCUCAAGAGUCUCUUCCAGACGGCAGAGUACAGAAGACAGCAUUGACAGUGAGGACGAAUGGUAUAGAUACGAACUGAAGAAAUUAGAAGAGAUGGAAAAGCAGUCAGUGACAGACUUCGAGAUUGGAGAAGCCCUCCAAGACGUUCCCGAAGUAGACGAACCCUUUGAACCCGACGAACACAUCAAAGAAAAAAUGUCCUUUGUACUACAAGAACUAAAAUUGAAAACUAAAAUAGUCGAAGGAGUUUUGGACGAAAAGGACUACAAUAUGCAAGUUAUAGCGUCCGCCAAACGAAGAGAAGCAGAAAAAGAAGAGUUCCAAGACGAGCCACCCGCCGCCGAAUACCAAGGUGAAAACGAAGAUGAGAAGUAUGAUACGGAAAAAGAUGAAUACGAGGAAAAAUCUUCAAGUGUGACAUCAGGUCCGGACAGUCCGCAACCUGAAGAGUUCGAUGACGGUGAUUUGGCUGCUGAUUUUGCUUUAUGUUCCAAAAUUUCUCAGCUCAAUGAAGAUGACAACGAACCGCGAAUCGAUAAUCAAUCCGAGGCGCAAUUGAAAGACUUUGCUUCUGAUAAGGACGAAAAGAAUGAUGCACAACAAUCGGAAUCUUCUAAAGAUGCAACCAGCAGAUGGAAAUUGCUCAAAGCUCUCAAAGAACGCAAAGCAGAAGAAAAGACCAAUCAAGACAAAACUUCCGAACCAGUUCCAGAGAAAGAUAAUAAUGGAUGCGGGAUCGGUGGAGACUCAGGUGGACGAGCAGAUGGACAUCCUGGAGACAAUCCGUUUUACAGCAACAUCGACAGUAUGCCGGAUAUCAGGCCCCGCCGGAAAUCGAUACCUCUCGUGUCGGAUUUGGUGCUCAAGACAAUGGCCGCUACAAAAAGAAAUGCGGGAUUGACGUCGGCGGUUCCCAGGGCAACCCUUAAUGACGAGGAACUUAAAAUGCACGUCUAUAAGAAGACACUGCAAGCCUUGAUUUAUCCGAUUAGCAGUACAACACCUCAUAACUUCGUUUUAUGGACGGCAACAUCACCGACGUACUGCUACGAAUGCGAAGGACUGCUGUGGGGUAUCGCGAGGCAAGGCGUGCGAUGCACCGAAUGCGGCGUCAAGUGCCACGAGAAGUGCAAGGAUUUACUCAACGCUGAUUGCCUACAAAGGGCGGCAGAGAAAAGUUCGAAGCAUGGGGCCGAAGAUAAGGCGAACAGCAUAAUAACCGCCAUGAAAGAGAGGAUGAAGCAACGCGAGAGGGAGAAACCGGAAAUCUUCGAACUCAUAAGAGCUGUGUUCGGGGUAGAAGACAAGAGCCACGUCGGCCACAUGAAGGCCGUUAAACAAUCAGUACUCGACGGUACCUCAAAGUGGUCGGCUAAAAUAGCAAUUACAGUAAAAUGCGCUCAGGGUCUUAUAGCAAAGGACAAAAGUGGAACAUCAGAUCCGUACGUUACCGUUCAAGUGGGAAAAGUGAAGAAACGCACAAGGACCAUGCCUCAAGAACUCAAUCCUGUUUGGGAUGAAAAGUUCUAUUUCGAAUGCCACAAUUCGUCCGAUAGAAUAAAGGUUCGAGUGUGGGACGAAGAUAACGACUUGAAGAGCAAAUUGCGUCAGAAAUUGACAAGAGAAUCUGACGACUUCCUCGGGCAAACCAUUAUCGAAGUGCGCACAUUAUCCGGUGAAAUGGACGUCUGGUACAAUCUAGAAAAACGAACUGAUAAAUCAGCUGUAUCCGGUGCCAUUCGUCUUCACAUUUCGGUGGAGAUAAAGGGUGAAGAAAAAGUGGCACCCUAUCAUGUCCAAUACACUUGUCUCCACGAGAACUUGUUCCAUUAUUUGUGCGAACAGAACAGCGGAGUUGUCAACCUUCCCCAAGCGAAAGGGGAUGAUGCUUGGAAGGUGUACUUCGACGAAGCUCCCGAAGAGAUUGUCGAUGAGUUUGCCAUGAGAUAUGGUAUUGAGUCCAUCUAUCAGGCUAUGACCCAUUUCCAUUGCCUUUCGACAAAGUACCUCUGCCCAGGGGUUCCAGCUGUGAUGAGCACCCUUUUAGCCAACAUUAACGCUUACUACGCACACACGACGGCGUCAUCGGCUGUUUCUGCCAGCGAUCGCUUUGCUGCUUCGAAUUUUGGGAAAGAGAAGUUUGUGAAACUUCUGGACCAAUUGCACAAUUCCUUGCGUAUCGAUCUGUCGAUGUAUCGCAACAAUUUCCCUGCGUCGAGCCACGAGAAACUCAUGGACCUGAAAUCAACCGUGGACCUACUCACCAGUAUCACGUUCUUCCGGAUGAAAGUACAAGAAUUAUCGAGUCCUCCGAGGGCUAGUACCGUCGUCAAAGACUGCGUCAAAGCGUGUCUCCGGUCCACGUAUCAGUUCCUGUUCGAAAACACUUAUGAGCUUUACAACAGAGAAUUUCAAGCGGAUCCAAAUGAGCCGAAAAGGGAUCCAGAGGAUCAUGGGCCACGCCUGGACAGUGUUGAUUUUUGGCACAAACUCAUCGCUCUCAUCGUCUCUGUCAUAGAAGAGGAUAAAAACAGUUACGGUCCAGUUCUUAAUCAAUUUCCACAGGAACUUAAUAUCGGACAAUUAUCAGCGGCGACAAUGUGGAGUCUGUUCGCGGUUGAUAUGAAAUAUGCCCUGGAAGAACACGAGCAACAUCGCUUAUGCAAAUCGUCGGCAUACAUGAACCUCCAUUUCAAAGUGAAAUGGCUAUACACAAAUUACGUAAAGGAUGUGCCUCCGUACAAGGGCGCUGUCCCAGAGUACCCCUCGUGGUUCGAACCGUUUGUCAUGCAGUGGCUGAAUGAAAAUGACGACGUCUCUUUAGAAUAUUUACACGGUGCCUUUAAUAGAGAUAAAAAAGACGGGUUUCAAAAGAGUAGUGAACAUGCCCUCUUCUCAAACUCGGUGGUGGACGUGUUCACUCAGCUCACGCAGUGUUUCGACGUCGUGUCCAAACUGGAAUGUCCAGAUCCCGAAAUCUGGAAGAGGUAUAUGAAACGGUUCGCCAAAACGAUCGUGAAAGUCCUCAUAGCGUAUGCGGACAUAGUGAAACGGGAAUUCCCAGAACACCUCAAGGAGGAAAGAAUUGCUUGCAUCCUUAUGAACAACAUACAACAACUGAGGGUACAACUGGAAAAAAUGUUCGAGUCCAUGGGAGGAGAAAAACUGGAAGAAGAUGCUGCAAACAUAUUGAAAGAGUUGCAGCAAAGUCUUAACGGUGCCCUAGACGAACUUGCUUCAUUAUUUGCGUCUAGUUUGGAACCUCGGAUAACUCAGAGUGUAAAAGAACUCGGGGAUCUCCUGUUGGCUAUAAAGGGCGGCGGUCAACCAGGAACCCUCAAUCAGCCAGCCCAAAGAAAUGCCGUUGCCGUGGAAGCGGAUGAAGUGUUGCGUCCAUUGAUGGAUCUUCUCGAUGGCUCGUUAUCACUUUACGCGCAAUCCUGUGAGAAAACGGUGCUCAAAAGGUUGCUCAAGGAACUGUGGAAGAUCGUUAUGAGGAUAUUGGAGAAAACAGUUGUGCUUCCGCCGAUGACUGACAAAACGAUGGUGUUCAAGAGUUUGACAGAUAACGCAAAGAAUCUUGCGGCCAAUACGAAAAUCGAAGACAUGUCUCGAAUAUUCAAGAACCACAUGACAGGUAAGCAGGAUGUGAAGAAUGCUCUGAGUGGGGUCAUGGACAUCUCGAAGGAAGUUGAAAAGAACCUUUCGCCAAAACAGUGCGCCGUUCUGGACGUUGCAUUGGACACCAUUAAGCAAUACUUUCACGCAGGAGGAAACGGACUCAAGAAAGCCUUCUUGGACAAAAGUUCCGAACUACAGAGCCUUCGAUAUGCCUUAUCACUCUACACCCAAACCACCGACACUCUUAUCAAAACAUUUGUUACGUCGCAGGUGAACGAAGUGCCUCUUAACAAUAAAGAGACAAUGCUACAACGUCAAAUCUCGAUCGAACGUGAAGAUACAGAAACAGGUUUAGAGUCACUAGAGGAACCGCUCAAAGCAAAGAAAAAGCGGGAAAACCGCCAAGACACUACAGAUUCUCAGGAAGGGUGCGUGGGUGAAGUUUCCAUUCAAGUGGAUCUGUUUACUCAUCCUGGUACUGGCGAACACAAGGUCACAGUUAAAGUGGUUGCUGCAAACGACCUGAAAUGGACGGUGGUUUCUGGAAUGUUUCGACCAUUUGUCGAAGUAAAUCUAAUCGGUCCUCACUUGUCCGACAAGAAGCGGAAGCAUGCAACAAAAUCGAAAGCCAACAACUGGUCUCCGAAGUAUAACGAAACAUUCCAUUUUAUCAUUGGUAAUGAGGAACAGUUGGAUUUCUACGAGCUUCACAUUUGCGUAAAGGAUUACUGCUUUGCAAGAGAAGAUCGAUUAGUGGGUGUCGCAGUGAUGCAGUUGAAAGACAUUGUGGAUCGGGGUUCAUGUGCCUGUUGGCUGUCGUUGGGUAAGAGGAUCCAAAUGGACGAAACGGGUUGGACUAUUCUUCGAAUCCUGUCCCAAAGGACGAACGACGAAGUAGCCAAGGAAUUCGUCAAAUUAAAAUCGGACAUCCGACAAGAAAAUUUACCACCAAAUAAUUAAUAAGUGACGCUAAAACCAUUAGUGCCCGCUCUAAUAAAUUAAAUUAAUAAAAUUAAAGAGUACACAAAAGGGACGACGGCAAAAUCAAAACGUUGUUCUUACACUAAUAUAAUCAGGACAGAGACAAGUUAACGCUCUGUAUAUGCACACAAGUGAUCGUAAACAGGACCGUCCUAAGUGAAAAUCGUCGCCGCAGCAAAAACAAAAAAAAAA